AGUUCCCGGAGAAAACAAAUCAUGAGCACGCCAUAUCAUGGCACAUCAUCAUCAUAAUCUAAUCACCAAACAAAACUAGUAGUACUAGUACUACUACUACCUCAGAACACCAGCAGCAGCAGCAGUGGUAUUAAUUAAUCGAACCCAUCCCAGCGAAGAAGAGGAGGAGGAGGAAGAAGAAGCCUCUCCUUCUCCUUUAAGCUUCGAAUCAUCCUUCCCCUUCCCUCCCACUUCAUCUCGCCGCGACGAAGCUUCCAAAACCCCCCAAAAGGAUCCCCCAAUCUUCGCCUCUGCCUCCGGCCCGAUCAAUCUCUCAGCAGCGGAUAGCGCUCGGCUAGGCCCCGGGAUCCAUGGAGAGGUACGAGCUGCUCAAGGACAUCGGCGCCGGCAACUUCGGCGUCGCCCGGCUGAUGCGUAACAAGGAGACCAAGGAGCUCGUCGCCAUGAAGUACAUCCCACGAGGCCUCAAGAUUGAUGAGAAUGUGGCGAGGGAGAUCAUAAACCACCGGUCGCUGCGGCACCCCAACAUAAUCCGAUUCAAGGAGGUGGUGGUCACGCCGACGCACCUGGCGAUUGUGAUGGAGUACGCGGCCGGCGGCGAGCUCUUCGACCGGAUCUGCAACGCCGGGAGGUUCAGCGAGGACGAGGCCAGGUACUUCUUCCAGCAGCUCAUCUGCGGCGUGAGCUACUGCCACUUCAUGCAAAUUUGCCACCGGGACCUGAAGCUGGAGAACACUCUGCUGGACGGCAGCCCGGCGCCCCGCCUCAAGAUCUGCGACUUCGGUUACUCAAAGUCGUCGCUGCUGCACUCGAAGCCCAAGUCGACGGUCGGCACGCCGGCGUACAUCGCCCCGGAGGUGCUCUCCCGCCGGGAAUACGACGGCAAGACAGCCGAUGUGUGGUCUUGUGGAGUGACCCUUUAUGUGAUGCUAGUCGGCGGUUACCCUUUUGAGGAUCCUGAUGACCCCAAGAAUUUCAGAAAGACCAUCGGGAGAAUAAUGUCAAUCCAAUACAAAAUACCGGAGUACGUCCACGUAUCCCAAGACUGCAAGCAACUCCUUGCCAGUAUUUUUGUUGCAAACCCUGCAAAGAGAAUAACAAUGAGGGAGAUCAGGAACCACCCCUGGUUCUUGAAGAACUUACCAAGGGAGCUCACGGAAGCUGCCCAAGCAAUGUACUACAAGAGAGACAACAGCGCCCCAACCUACUCGGUCCAGUCCGUGGAGGAGAUCAUGAAGAUUGUCGAGGAGGCGCAGAAACCGCCUCCUUCCACCACUCCGGUAGCAGGUUUCGGGUGGGCGGAGGAGGACGAGCAGGAGGAUGGCAAGAAGCCGGAGGAAGAGGCGGAGGAGGACGAUGAGGAAGACGAGUAUGAGAAGCAGUUGAAUGAGGUCCGUGCCAGCGGUGAGUUCCACAUCAGCUAGCUGAUGGGGGUGCUUCACUGGCGUGAGAAGGCCACAGACCGGGGAUAAAAUUUGUCAUAUAGUUUGUAGUUUGUGGUUUUGUUCUCGAGUUUUUCUCUUCAUUCUUGUCUCUGAUUCUGCAACAGUGUAAAUUACCAAAGUGGUUCCGUCGCUGUCUUUACAAUGACUGAUUAAGUUAGCAUGCGGAAACAUAAUGUAUGGAAUAAAUCAUCUUAUUGAGCAUGUUCUUGCAGUUA